CAGAAAUCCGAUUUCUUUAGUUUCACUCGAUCUUUUUUUCUAUAUAAACCAUGCAAUCGAAUCGUCUUUCAAAAGAAGAAUAUCGUAAACAAAAAGAUCUGGAUGCGGCUCGUAAAGCCGGUACAGCACCUGCAGAAGUCGACGAUGAAGGCAACGAAAUCAAUCCUCAUACCCCCCAGUUCAUGUUAAAGGCGCCAUGGUACGUUGAUACCGGCAAAGUCUCUCUGAAGCAUCAACGUGCUCCAGAAAAACGAAAAGGCACAAAGUUUGGUGCAGAAGACAAUUACUGGUAUGCCAGAGGUCAACGAGCAGGACCAGCAGCAACUAAAUACCGAAAGGGCGCAUGCGAAAACUGCGGUGCAUUAUCGCACAAGACCAGAGAUUGUGUUGAACGACCACGCAAAAAGGGUGCCAAAUGGAGCGGAAAGAAUAUUCAAGCAGACGAGAUUAUUCAGAAUCCAGAUUUAGAGUGGGACGAAAAGCGGGAUCGAUGGAAAGGCUAUGAUCCUCGAGAGCACGACAAGGUUAUUGAAGAAUACGAGAAAGUGGAAGAGGCUCGACGAGCGAAUAAGGCAACAGAGUUGGAUAAGCAAGGCCCAACAACGACGUCAGAAGUCAAAAAGCUGGCUCGUUUAUCCGACGACGAAGAUGACGACGAAGAUAAAUACGCAGAUCAAGCUGAUAUGCCUGGUCAGCAUGUCAACACAAAGACAAGAACGACGAUUCGUAAUUUGAGAAUUCGUGAAGAUACCGCCAAAUAUCUGUUGAAUUUGGAUACUGAGUCAGCAUACUACGAUCCCAAGACACGUUCUAUGCGUGAUAAUCCACUCAAAGACAAAGAAUCCGACGAAGUCCCGUUUGCUGGCGACAACUUUGUACGCUACGGUGGUGACGCGCCGGACAUGGCCAAGGUGCAACUGUUUGCUUGGCAAGCUGCCGACAGAGGCAGUGAUGUUCAUUUACAAGCCAAUCCAACACAAGUCGCCAUCCUGCACAAGGAAUACGAGUCAAAGAAGGACAAGGUGCGCGAUACAACACACAAAAAUAUUCUCUCAAAGUAUGGUGGCGAGGAGCAUUUGGAAGCGCCGGCCAAAGAAUUGCUAUUGGCGCAAACAGAAAACUAUGUUGAGUACUCGCGUACCGGUCGGGUCAUCAAGGGCCAAGAACGGGCAAAGGCACGAUCAAAAUACGAAGAAGAUGUGUUCCUCAACAAUCACACAACUGUCUGGGGUUCAUACUGGCUGGAUGGCAAGUGGGGAUACAGCUGCUGCAGAUCGUUUGUGUACAACUCGUAUUGUAGUGGUGCUGCUGGUAUUGAAGCCCAUAAAGCAUCAGAAGAAUAUUCUCGGGGAAUAGCAGCUUAGAUAUGAUAUUUGUAUCAUAUGUGUCAUUAUGGAACGAAGCAAUAAAUCUGCUAUUUUCAUUUGAG